AUGUAUAGGGUGAAAGGAACUCUUUUUGGUGCUGAUUUUAUUGUUGUAAGAAGUUGCAUGGAGAUUGAAGGUAAGGCUCUAGAAUCGAUUGAAAAUCAAUCCAAGAAAAAAGUGAUUCCAGUUGGAUUAUUGCCACCUUCACUAGAAUUCAGUGAAGAGAAAAAGGAUGAAAAUUGGGAUACAAUCCUUAAGUGGUUGGAUAAACAGGAAAAACAGUCAGUGGUAUAUGUUGCAUUCGGAAGUGAGGUGACAUUAAGUGAUGAUGAAUUUACUGAGAUAGCUAAAGGAUUGGAAUUAUCUAACUUUCCCUUUCUUUGGAUUGUGAAGAACCAUGAUAAAAAUGAUUUGCUUGUUGAGAAUGAUUCAAAUAAGAAUGGAUUGAUUUGGAAUAAUUGGGCACCACAGUUGAGAAUCUUAUCACAUGAGUCAAUUGGAGGAUUCUUGACACAUUGCGGUUGGAGUUCAGUGAUUGAGAGUCUUCAAGUUGGGUGUCCACUUAUUAUGUUACCUUUCCAUAAUGAACAAGGUUUAGUUGCUAGACUUAUGGAAGAAAAGAUGGUUGGGGUAAAGGUAGAGAGAAAUGAUGAGAAAUUCAGUAGGGAUUCAGUGGCUAAAGCAUUGAGAUUGGUGAUGGUAGAGGCAGAGGGAAAGAGUUAUAGAAGUAAAGCUGAAGAGAUGAGGAAGAUAGUAGGAGACAAGGAGCUGCACCAAAAAUAUACUGAUAAAUUUGUUGAUUAUGUGGAGCUCAAUAUCCCUGCUUCUAAGCAUUAA